GGAGGGCGUAGAGUGGAAGAAACAGAAGGCUGUGGUGUUACGUCAUUUCGGUUGCCGUGGAGACGGACUGUAAACAAGUCUGCUGAAGCGACAAGUGGAUUAUCGUCAGAAUGAUGGCUGAUCAUCGAAUUGUCUCGCUCCCCCGUUUGCCUCCGGGAACUGGGUCUCCUCUUCAUCUUCGAAAUCCAAUGAAUUUUCAAGAAGUAAAGCCACCCAGUUCAGUGAUCAGCAUUCGUAAAAGUAAUCCACCUAUCAGGGAAUCCUAUAGUGGCCAUAUUUCAACAUGGCCUGCGUAUGGGGCAGAACAUACAGUCUUAGAGAAGCGUAAACCCUGCACAGCUCCUGAAGUAAAUUAUUACAGAACUGCCAAGCAACAUGCUAAUGUUGUUUCAAAGCCACGGUUCCUGGAACAGCUUGAGUCCUGUCUGAGGAAGGAGCUUCAGUCUCUGGACUUAACCAGAGAAAAUGCCCAAGAAUUAAGGCUGCAGGCAUAUAGAGAAGUCUUCAACUACUUUAUUGAGGCGUUUAACACCUACAAACCAAUACUAUCUGCAAUAAAGAAUGAAUAUGAGGUCACUGUAGCACACCAGAGACAGCAAAUACGCUCUUUGGAAUCCUUAAAAACAAUGCUGGUGUCAGUAUCUGAAGAAUGUGAUCAAAAGAUACAAGCCAUGCAUCAAGAAGAAAGACUGGAAAUAAAGAAUAUGAAAAUGGAAAAACAUAAUCUGUUGAAUGUUAUCGAGAAAAUGAAAGAGGAGAAUAACUCUUUGCAAAUGCAGGUGUCUAAGCUGCUUGAAGAAAUGGCCAAUACGUACUUACUAUUUAGAAAUGAGAGUGAUGCUCGGAAACUCCUUAUUGCUGAAAUUAAUGCAUUCAAAUACCAACAAGAAGCCAUGAAAACAGCUUACAAAACUGAUGAACAUGGAGAAGACCCUGUGACGUUAGCAAUUGCAUUAAGGGUGGCCCGAAAAGAUCUAACUCAAGUGCAGGUUGAACUAAAUACAAUGAAAGCUGAUUAUGGAGAUGUUGUUCCCAGGAGAAACUUUAAUAACCUGGAGAAAAAACUUGCAGAAUACUCACAAAAGAUUGAAGUGCUGCAGAAGGAUCUUUUGCAAUUGCAGACUGAACACAAAUCUCUUUUAGAGAUCCACAAUCAGGUUCUGCUAAAAGACUCUGUAAAAGAAGCGGAUCAACAGAGUAAGGACACUCCCCACCCAGCAUGGGAUAAUUGUGCAGAUGUUUUCCCUGAAGACAUUUGGUUGACAUUAUCUGCAGAAAAAAGCAAUGAUCAACUUGUGAGUAUUCUGCUGACUGAACUUGGCACAAGGACACUCAGUGAGAAAGACUUCUUCACUGGUAAGGGAAAAGAGGAAGAUGUCCCCAUUCAUCUGCGCUACGAUGGAUUAGUUAAGAAUUUAAGAUUAAGCAUCAGUGAUGUGUCCAAUUUACUACAAGAAGUUUGGAAAGAAAAAAUGACAUCAGAUGCACAGAAUGGCAAACAGUCAUCUAUGCCAGAAUUUUUCUUUAGUUAUCUGCAGAAUAAAUUUGGAGAUGCUGCUAUUGAGUGGUCAUAUGCUGUGCACGAGAGUUGCAGGGUGCAGCUGACCUCUGAAGAAAUGCAACUAUUCUACAACAUCCUUAUGGGUAAAGUUAAAGAAGAUGAGUCACACCUGCUAAUGGGAUAUAUUGAUGAUCAUAGUGCAAACGACAGUUCACUGAUAUCUGAACAGUUAAGAAGUAUUGAUGAAAAUGAGGAACUAAUGGAUUCUCAGCUCCAUCUUGAAAACGACGAAAAAUCUCUGGACUCUAAGGGUCAUUAAAGAAAUGGAUGAGAAAGAAACUUCAUUACAAUUGAUCGCACCUUUGAUGAGCAGAUAUUAAAGAGUGAUAUUGCCUAAGCAA